UAUAGUUGACUCUAAUGCAAUGGAGUGUUUAAGCAUUGUUCUGAUUAAUGACUCAUGUUUAAGACUCUGUUGAAAUUUGUCAGUCUAUGUUUUGUUUCAUUAGAGAGCAUGUGGAGCACACACGAUGCACUCCGUACUUGUAGUGGAAGAGUUGCUUGACUAAUGUGUGAGAUAGAUGAAAUUCUUGAUUGUUGCUUAUUCUAAGGAUUAUCUGUUGACGAGGUUGAUACUUUCAUGAUUGUAUUUCAUGUAUAUUCAUUUAGUUUGCAUUCAUAUUAGUUGCAUAUCUGAGACUUGGCAGAAAAAUGGAUUUUGUGGGUAAAUUCACUAUAAACCCUCACGAGACAAAACUCGUCCUACUAGGGCUGCCUAGGGGUUUAACGGCUUGUUGCAUACGCUCAAUGCAAUCGUGUCAUCUACGAAAGUGGUGCUAGUUAGUUAGAACUUAGUUUAUUUCGCUUAUUUGCCCGAGGACGUGCAAAAGCUUAGUGUGGGGAUGUUUGAUAGAAUAUAUUUUUAUAUAUAUUCUAUAUGAUUUUAUUCUCAUAUUUCAUUAUAUUUUGCACUGAUUUGGAUUUUUAUUAAUAGAUUUUAAUGUUUUAUUGUAGGAAAUAAAGAAUUUCUAAGUUGAGAAGGAUUUGAGCAAAAAGAUCUAUUUUUGGAGCUAAAUUCUAUGAAAAAUCGGAUUUGUUGGGCUCUACCCGGUUUCUGCACUGUUCGGGCCAUAUCUUGAGUUCCGGAUGUCGGAUUUGGAUGAUCUUACAGCCCACGCGAAGCUUGGGAGAUUUUCUUUAAUUCAGAGAUAGCCCAAGAAGCAAAAUCCAACUGGAAAAGCCCAGAAACAGAGAGGAAAAGACAGCUGCGAAUUUUGAAGACUAAUCCUACUUUGCUUUGGAGUUCUAUUUUAGAUAUUGGUUCAAAAACAUUAAAAACAAUUAUUAUUAUUGUAGGAAUAGAAAAAGAUAUUAUUUUAGUUUUUAUUAUUAGUUGGGAGAAAAGGAGAUAUAUAGGACUUACGUUAGUUAGGUUUGGGGCUAUCAUCUUCCUCCUCCCGUAGACACUGCAACCUUUUUGGGUUUUAGCUUGGAUAUUAAGUUCUUGAUUAAUACAAGUUUAAGGUAUUCUUAUAUAUUCUCUCUACAUGUCUUUGAUGAUUGUUUAUGUUUCUUCUAUUCUUAGCAUGAGUGAGUAAUUCUUUUCUAGGGCGUAAGGAGAAUCCAUGGUUACACCAUAGUAUUGGUAUGAUGUUCACAGUAGUUUGAUUGAUUACAAGUAAUUCUAGUCGAUAUGUUUUAAUGCUUAAUUUCUGUAAUUGGCCAAUAUCAUUGAUUAAGUGUAUGCGAAUAAGGGUAAUAAAUCGAGAGAUAAAGUACCCAUUAGAGGCACACAUACGAUUAGCCGAAUGAAUGUGAAUGCGAGAGCAUCAUUGGAAUUCUGAGAAAGUUAAUACUCGAGAGAGAUUAACACAUGUUCUAAUUACUUGAUCAGUUUAAUUACUAAGAGUUGUUAAUUGUGUCAUCAUGUUUCGAGAGUGUUAGUACUCGAGAGAGACUGACAUACUCUAGCUACGUGACCACUUUUAUCAUCUCAGUUUAGAAGCCAGUUUGGUGUAAGCAUGGUGAAUCCGAUUGCCCUAGACUUUUAGUUAAUUGAUUUUAAAACAUAUUUAUUUGCAUUGUUAGUUAUAUAAAAAUCUUCAAAACUCAUCUUUGUUAUUCCGGAAGCAAUUUGCAAUAAUUAGAUUGAAUUUCUUGAAACCUGUCUCCCUGUGGAUACGAUCCCGUACUUGCUAGUCUCUGCUAAUAACAGACACCGUGCACUUGCGGAUAUUAACUUAAAACGCAUCAUUUAACAUGAGCAUGAAACUCUCCGAAUGUGAGGCCAAGUGCUUGAACGAUUGCAACUGCACAGCGUAUUCAAAUACAGAUAUCCGAGAUGGUGGAAGUGGAUGCUUGUUAUGGUUUGGUGACUUGAAUGACAUCCGAGGCUACUCUGAAGAUGGACAGGAUCUUUUUGUAAGAAUGGCUGCCUCUGAAUUAAGGAAAAGCAAAAUUUUCCGAGGAAAGAAACGCCUGAAGAUCAUACUAAUUCCGGUGCUUGUAAUGCUAACAGUAAUAAUAGGCCUUUUCCUGUUGUAUGUGUACAAGACAAGAUGGCAAAAGAAAACAGUAGAAGUGAAACUGCAAGUGAGGCAAGACUUGGAUUUACCUUUAUUUGGCUUCACACAAAUUGAAAAUGCCACUGAUAAUUUCUCCGACGACAACAAGAUUGGCAGUGGUGGAUUUGGAACUGUAUACAAGGGGAUCUUGGAAGAGGGAUCAGAAAUAGCGGUGAAGAGGCUCUCGAAGGAUUCAAAUCAGGGAGUUGAGGAAUUCAUGAAUGAAGUUGCCUGCAUUGCUAAACUUCAGCAUAGGAAUCUUGUGAGGCUUCUCGGGUGCUGCAUUGAAGAAGGGGAGAGGCUCUUGAUAUAUGAAUAUCUGCCUAACAAAAGUUUAGAUACUUUCAUUUUCGACAAAAUAUCGUGCCAGUCAUUAAACUGGCUGAAGCGUUACGAUAUCAUUAUUGGUAUGGCAAGGGGGCUACUCUAUCUCCACCAGGAUUCCAGACUCAGAAUCAUCCAUAGAGAUUUCAAAGUCAGUAACAUUUUACUGGAUCAUGAGAUGAACCCGAAAAUUUCAGACUUUGGAUUGGCUAGAAUUUUCGGAGAGGGUGAAACUCAAGGAAGCACAACUAGACUAGUUGGAACACACGGAUACAUGCCCCCUGAGUACGCCAUUGAUGGAUCAUACUCGGUUAAGUCUGAUGUCUAUAGUUUUGGAGUAUCACUUCUAGAGAUAAUUACAGGGACGAGAAACAGAGGUUUUCAUCAUUCAGAUCAUAACCUUAAUCUUCUCGGACACGUAUGGAGAAGCUACAAUGAAUGCAAUCUUUGGGAAGUAGUCGACAGUGUGAUCUUCGAGUCGGAUAAUCAACAUGAAGUGUUUCGAGUUAUUCAAAUCGGAUUAUUGUGCGUGCAAGAAUAUCCAGAAGAUAGGCCAGACAUGUCAUCGGCUUUCAGAAUGCUGACUAGCAAUGAUGCAUUGCCUGUUCCUAAACAGCCUGGAUUUUUCUCGGAGAGAAGAAGCCAGCCUGAAACAGACUCUUCAUCAAGAGCUUCUACCUUGAACACGAUUAGUGUGUCGUUUCUUUCACCGAGAUAGUGAAUUCGUUUGAGUUAAUUGCAAAUCGCAUCGCGUGAUUCAGGCAAACUGCUGUUCUUGUAAUAAGGCAUGAAAAUGAGAACACAUUCCU